UUAAAACUGAGUCUAAUUAUAAGCCCACUCAACAUUUGGUUAAAUCAAUUGUAGAAGGCUUCGUUGGUUUUGCUGCCACUGCCACCGCUUUGGCCUCAGUUUUCUGUGAUUCUCCGGGGUUUGCAGAGUCUCUGACGGUUGCUUUUCCUGUUUCCCGCGCUCCUGAGGUGAAUACAGUUCAGAGAACUCUUGUGGAAGCUUGGGGUUUAAUUAGAGAAACAUUUGUCGACCCAACUUUUAAUCAUCAAGAUUGGGAUUCGAAGUUGCAGCAGACAAUGGUGGAAAUGUUUCCCUUAAGUUCUGCCGAUGCUGCAUAUAAUAAAAUCAGUGGAAUGCUUUCAACUCUUGGAGAUCCAUUUACUCGAAUUAUCAGUCCGAAGGAAUACCAAAAUUUUAGAAUUGGAAGUGAUGGAAAUCUGCAAGGAGUUGGUGUCUUCAUAAGCAUUGAACCACGAACAGGGCACUUGGUUGUUUUGUCUUGCUUAGAAGAUAGCCCGGCUGCUCGUGCUGGCAUACAUGAAGGAGAUGAGCUGAUUGAGAUUAAUGGGGAGAGGCUUGAUGGUGUUGAUAGUGAAGCAGCAGCACUAAAGCUUAGAGGGCGUGCUGGUACAUCGGUUACAGUAAAACUUCACAGUGGAAAAGAUUUGGGAAGUGAUUCAAGUGUCAGAGAGGUUAACGUACCUCGUGAGUACAUUAAGCUUUCCCCAAUAUCCCUCGCCAUCAUCCCUCAUAGAACCCCGGAUGGAAACCUAGAGAAGACUGGUUAUGUGAAGCUGUCAGCUUUCUCUCAGACUGCAGCUGCUGAUAUGGAAAAUGCAAUUCAAGAAAUGGAAAAUCAAGGAGUACAGUCAUACAUAUUGGAUUUGCGGAACAAUCCAGGAGGCCUGGUUAAAGCAGGGCUUGAUGUUGCCCAAAUAUGGUUGGAUGGCGAUGAGACUCUUGUGAACACAAUCGACAGGGACGGCCAUAUGUCACCUAUCAAUAUGGUCAACGGACAUGCAGUAACUCAUGAUCCACUUGUUGUACUUGUCAAUGAGGGAAGUGCAAGUGCAAGUGAGAUAUUAGCAGGGGCAUUGCAUGACAAUGGCCGAGCUAUCCUUGUAGGCCACAAAACCUUUGGCAAGGGAAAAAUUCAGAGUGUGACAGAGUUGCAUGAUGGAUCAGCUCUGUUUGUAACGGUCGCGAAGUAUUUAUCGCCUGCUCUUCACGACAUAGACCAGGUGGGCAUAACACCUGAUGUCCAGUGCACAACAGAGAUGCUGAACUCACCCAAAGAAUCCGUGUUGAAAGACAAGAACUCAGUCUCUUCUCUGGAAGCCGAUUCAUGCAUCAUGGUAGCGGAGCAUGAGUUGGACAUUCAAGAAUCCAACGGGACUGCUUCUUGAAGGACAAUUAUCCAACAUUCAUUUAACUUAUACAAGAAUCUAAUGUUCAGAUUUGAAUGGUAAAAAUCAUUUAACUUUCUGUAUCUU